AUGCCCUGCAGUGCCGUAACGCUGUCGCUGGCGACGAUAUCCGCCAUCAUCGCCGUUGCCCUGUUGGCAAUCGCCUUCUCGACAGACAACUGGCAGAGCUACGAGGUGAAGCGCACCAACAUACAGCCAUUCAUUGCCAAACAUCCCGAGCUGACGGAUAGCUUCAACAAUCGGCUCAUCUACUACACGCGGACGCGCGGACUGUUCCGGUACUGCUACCCGAAGGAGCGACCCCCAGCAUCGUCCGUUCAAAUCUAUCUUUCCCCGGUGGAAACGCACUGCUCGAACAUCGACUACUUCCCGGCGGCCGAGGAGCAGAAGGAGUCGGACUCCUUCACCGAUGACAUCAUGACGCGCCUCCAUCUGGCACGCUCCGUCAUUGCCGCCUUCAUUCUGAGCUUCGUUGUCAUCUUCUGCGCCUUCUGGACCGGACUGUCCGGAUGCUGGAAACGCUCGGCCGGUGCCAUCACCGCGACCGCCAUCCUGAUGCUCACCGCCUGCCUGCUCGCUGCCGGCGCCAUGGGACUCUGGCACACGGUGGAGUUCUUCGAAAAGGAGAAGGUCGUCGGCGAGGACUACUAUCAACAGUGGAAUAACGCCCUCCGGGACAACACUCGUCUGUCGUACGACUGGUCGUACAUUGUGGCCUGGGCCGGUGUGGCCUGCAGCCUGCUGGCCUCGAUCCUGCUGUCCGGUGCGGCCGUCUGCCUGCGGGGCGAGCGCGAGCGGGAAGAGCAGCUCAACCUGCAGUAUCUGAUGCCCGUGUACCCCCAAAAGCAGCCCCCCUACCCCUACGGCGGUUUCCCCCAGCCACAGCUCUAUCCGCAGCCAUACUACCACGGAUCGCAGUACGGACCGUACAACUAUUGA